ACGCUUUAAUAAAAUGGUGAAAGGAAAGUUAUAUAAAAACCUUAAGAAAUACAAUAAACGAAAAAAGGUGUUAGUGGUGAAAAGGCGGGAAGAAAAGAUGGAGGUUGAGAAUAAUGUUGAAGAGGAAGUUGAGGAUAAUGUUGAGGAGGAGGUUGAAGAUAAUGUGUGUACCAUAGAUGGACAUGAGCGUGAUGACGCGGUGGCAUAUUGGAAAAAAUUUUUGGAAGAAAUAAAAAAUUUAGAAUCUCGAAUUGCAAGUCUCUCUAAAUGCAUGGUCUUAACUUAUAUGUUUAUAGAUUCUUAUCUCUCUAAAUACAAGAUUUUUUUAUAUGUUCUUGACUAUGCACUUAGAGAGAGUUGA